UGUAUUUCGGACAAUCAAAGAUGGCGGGCGGCACGGGUUGAGCGGAGCCGGGCGUCGGCUCGGCUCGAAUUUAGAAGCGCCGCAGCCUUCUCUCUCUCUCUCUCUCUUCCUGGAAAGUUGUCGGUGAGGAAGCCGGCGGUGAGGGAUAAGGAGGGCAGGCGGUCAGGUGUCGUCGACACGGGGGUUCUCUCGGCUCCACCCUGCCCGCCCGCGCCCACCCCACCGCUCCACCGCACUCGAGGGGUAGCUGUAAAAAAGCCGAUCUUUUAAAAGGAAGGAGAAAAGGCGGGUGCUGCUUGAUAGACAGGCAAGGAUCCAGGGCCGCGAAAGGAGUAGGCCUGCUGUAGUUAAUAACCUGACCUACGUUCAUAGUCCAUUAAUAAAAGUCUCCACUUGUUCUACAGGUAGUCCUCAACUUAUGGCCACAAUUGGGACCAAAUUUCAGUCGCUAAGCAUUGUGGUUGUUAAGCAAGUCAUGACGUGACUGGACCCCGAUUUUAAUGACCAUUUUCACUGCAAUAAUUUAAGCAAAUCACCUGGUUGAACCAUGGUGCUAUGGAGAGGAAUUUAUUUUGUACUUGCAUUAUUUUUGGGAAGUUUUUUUGGAAGCAUCUUCAUGCUUGGUCCCCUACUGCCACUGAUGUCUAUUUCCCCAGCUUGGUAUCGCUGGCUUACUGAUCGUGUUGUGGCCACUUGGUUUACACUUCCAGUGGCCCUGCUGGAGAUAGUGUUUGGGUCAAAAGUAGUCAUAACAGGUGAUGGGUUCAUCCCCGGAGAAAGAAGUGUCAUAAUCAUGAAUCAUCGAACACGAAUGGAUUGGAUGUUUUUAUGGAGUUGCUUGCUGAGAUAUAGCUACCUCCGACUUGAAAAAAUCUGCCUCAAAUCUAGUCUCAAAGGCAUUCCGGGAUUUGGCUGGGCCAUGCAGGUUGCUGCCUUCAUCUUCAUUCAGAGGAAAUGGGAAGAAGACAAACAUCAUUUUGGAAAUAUGCUGGAUUAUUUUUGUGAUAUUCAUGAGCCACUACAACUUCUUAUCUUUCCUGAAGGAACUGAUCUCACAGAUGAAACUAAAGCCCGCAGUGAUACAUUUGCUGAAAAAAAUGGACUUCAGAAGUAUGAAUAUGUCUUGCACCCAAGAACUACAGGCUUCACUUUUAUAGUGGAUCGUUUAAGAGAUGGUAAUAACCUUGAUGCUGUUCAUGACAUAACAGUGGCAUAUCCUCAAAACAUUCCACAAACUGAGAAACAUCUUCUGUGUGGAAAUUUUCCCAAGGAAAUUCAUUUUCACGUCUGUAGACAUCCUGUAGAAUCCCUGCCGACCUCUGUGGAAGACUUGCAACUCUGGUGUCAAAAGCGCUGGGAAGAAAAAGAAGAACGGCUGCGCCAUUUCUACGAAGGCAAAAAAUACUUCGAUGUGUCAGGGAGAAGCAAAAUCCCACCCUGUAAAUCUGAGCUCAGGGUUAUGGUUGUUAAGUGCAUUUCCCUCUUGUACUGGACAUUUUUCACACUCUCUGCAAUUGCACUAUUAUACAUGUACAACUUUGUACGAUGGUAUCUUGUGAUUGUAGUUGUCAUUUUCAUUGUGCAAGAAAAGCUGUUUGGUGGACUUGAAUUGAUAGAACUUGCAUGUCAUCAAUUUUUUAAUAGACGCAGGUUAUACAACGUAAAUAGAUGUUAAAUUUAUCUGGCGUAUGUACUGAUUGGAUAGGUGAUGUUUGUGAGCACUUUUCAGGUGUGCCAUAAACUUUUCAUAGUGGAAGGAGAUUUUGCAUGAGAAUUAAUAUUUCUUAAUGCUGUUUUGGUUAAUGCACUGUACUCAUUGUAAAGGACAAAAGUUCAUAUUGAAUUUUUAGUUUUUGAAUGUAUCAGUGUUUCUCUUGCAGCUAGCCUCUGCAGCAUCGCUGGAAAAGCAUUUGCUGACCAAUCAAAGUUUCUAUCCAUUGAAUUGUUUAAAUAUAUAUACUGUAGCUCUAAAUUGCUGGGCAAAUUAGGGAGCUAAAAGUCAUGGACUGUGAUUCUUACAGUGCCUUGCUAUAAAUAAUGUGUGAGAUUUGAAAGUCCCAGUUUAUUACACAAUGAAUAGCUGACUAUCUUCAUUUCUCUACCUUUAUACCUUACACAGAGUUAAAUGGCUGAUGGAAUUAUUGUCAUCAAAAUCAACAAAUGAAAGAGAAAACAAAACCCAGGACCUAAAGUCGGAUGAAUGAAGAUAGUCUGUUUUGAACUAUUAUAACUUAUUCUAUUUUGAGAAAAAAAAUCCAAAGGUCAAUAAGGCUUUGGUAAAGGUGCUGGUAAAGGUAACUGAGCUGGACCCCACUGUCCUUUUGAAAGUCCUAAAUCACCUUCACGAUUCCAUUCCUGUGAAUUAUUUGUCAUAUGGUGAAGUCACAGUCCAUCUCCACUUCAGGUUUAAGCUGCCCUGCAAACCUAACUACUAAAUGCUCAGGCAAAACAGCAUAAAACUGCAAGAAGCACUGAAAUUAAUUUUCCCAUGAUAUGAAAAUAGGAAUAAUGUUAAAAUUGCCUCAUUGGAUUAUUAAUAUAAGAAACAUUAAGAUUUUUCUAUUAACGUUUGUCUCUUUUUCCAAAAUCUGAAUUAGGAGAAUACUUUUAGCAUGGAAACUGAAGGACAUUUCAGUCCAUGCUUGACCAUAAGCAGCCCCCUCCCCCCCCAAGGCUUCUGCUCCAUGUAAUGAACUAUAUAUAUAUAUUUUUCCUAAUUGAACCCUUCUUUCUUUCUGUGGCUGAACAUCUUCCCUCCUGCUAUUUUUAAUGGAAUUAGGGUAAAUUCUGGAACUGGCUGCAGUUUUUUACACUGCAUCUUUUACACUUAACACAACAAGUCAAGACAUUUCUCUUCCAUGCACUGAAUAUUAAAAACACCAGAGCUGUAAACUAUAAGUUCAACAUGUUAAGUGUCAUGGCUACUUCCACAUCUUUUUCAACCGCUGUCACUCCUACAGUAAGUUUUCAUAGAACCAUUUUAUAAAUAAACUGUAUAAAGAGCUACUGGCAUAUGAAAGGUCUGUAAACUGGUCUUAGAUUACCACUGUUAUCGAAAUGUCAAUGUUUUAGCCAUAAAAAAUAUUUACUCUAGAGCAACAAUAAAGAAUUUAAAAUGCAAA